UUUGAUUUCUCAAGUAUAAACUUCCCUUCCUUGUACUUCUGUGUUUCCUCAUAAGCUCGUUCGUACUUCCAACCCAUCACCUCACGACAGUUCCCACAAUGGACAUCAGCAACCGUGUAUAGACCAGUCAUGAAUCAAAUCAAUAAAUGUGCCUAAGUCAAUAAUGUGCCAAAGCCCCAUUCAUUCGCCAUGGAAAUAGACUCUGGGCACAAUAAGCUUUGUCCAGUACUUGUACAAAAAGUGCUGGUGAAGCUACUCAUGUUUCAGCUUUAGAACUAAGGAGGAUCAAUGGCACAAAAUGAGUUCAAAUUGGAAGGGGUGAUAAAUGGUGAUGACUCAAUUUCAUUCACUCUGCGCAUCGCUCAGUCAUGUUGUCAUGCUCGGAACAUUCAUUUUGUGUUUUACCUUGCCCGUGAUACUGCACAAUCAAUAGCGGGUGAGACGGUUGACCAACUUGAUUUGUCAAAUGAAGAUUUGACUUUCAUAGCUGAGUUGAUAGACAGCUUGAUUGUAAAACUUGUACCGAACUGGAAGCCCUCGUUUGGAAACUCUACGAGUAAAGAAAGUCCAAGUGGGGAUUCUUCUCAUGUAAAUAAUCAAAGCUCUAUGAGAUGUUCUUGGGCUUCAAGAUCUGAAAGAGUUUCUGGUGAAGCCAUUUCCAAGGAGCAUGAUUCCACCUGAUAUGCGAAUAAGGAGGUCUUCCGAAGUGAGUGGAACAUGAGUUCAAAUGGCUUUGAAGGAUGCAAGGGUAGUUUCUCUAGAUCUGUCGUCAUGAAUGAAAUCCUGAAGACUUCGGAGAUUUCUUUUCCAUGUAGUUCUCUAUCAUGCCAGCUCGUUGAGUUUUUCUACACAAUCUGUAGGAGAUGGAGAUCAGAGGAUGAGUUGAAGUUGGAGCUUGAAGCCAUUGACAUGCAAUAUCGCCAGUCUUUCCAUGAACUCCUCAGAAUGUGGGAGGAAGCAAUGGAAAAUGUCAAAAAGAAGUGGAUCUUGGGGAGGAAAAUUUCAGUUUGUUGAUGUAAAUACAUUUCUUGAUCCUACUUUCUUGCCCCAAAAAAGGGAAAGAGGAUUCAUCCGCGGAAGCUGAUGCUUAUUUUUUAUUUCAGUAACUAAUCAUUUUUUCCUAUUCGGGAUUGAUUUAUCCAAUUUCAUUGUUUUAAAUACUGAGUGGUUAUGUUUUUUUCUUGGUAUUGGUAAAAUGUCUUGUAGAGCGAAUGUUGUGUAAUCGGUUUUCUUAAUUAUCUCAAGAUGAAGUUUGGCUGCGACAAGAUGCUUUAGUUGCAUGCUGGUUAUUCCUUGUUAUGGCAAAACGAUGAAUCUGUGUACAUAUGUACAUACACACUGCAUUUUCUGAGGUUGCUGUAAAGCUAUUUGAUUUGCUUUGAACAUGGUAUUUUCCAUAGAGAACCAUUAUGCGAGAAAUAUAUCAUUUGCCCUUCGUUAUGUUUCGGUGAUAUUUCCCGAUGAGAAGAUAUUUCAAUGUCUAUAAUGCCUGCUUUGAUGAGUGAGAGUAUGAACUUUGAAGUUAGCACUUACCAGUCUGCUGGUAGGACCUAUUUUGUCAUGAUAAUGAAAAGAAAAAGAUCAAAUUUCUUCAUCAAUGUAUCCUAUUAGAGUAUUUAUUUAGUGUCAACAAUCUGCAAAUAAGCAAGACUUUCUACAAAGAGAAAACAACAAAUAACCAAAUCUAGAGGGGAUGAAAGUCCGUCAGGCAUCAUCCAUUAAAAGGACCUAAAAGCCAGUGUGGGUGAGUAAAUUCCCAAGUGCAACUAAUCCAUAUAACCAAAUCUAGUCAAGGCUGAUGUGCAGGUUUUAGAUUUUUUUUUUAAAUUGUCACUUGGGAAGACGAACGGAUAUAAUUUUAAUCACUAAAUUAAUUUAUGACGUACAUAAGACAAUAGUGUGGGCACAUUUGCUCAUCGU